GGAGUGAGAGAAACAGCCCAGCAGCCACCAAGGUCAGUGCAGAAGGAGUGCAGGAGCUCCAGCUGCUGAAGCAGAACUUCUCAACAGUCCAUGGAGAGGACCACAGAGGAGCAGACUGUUUCUCAGCAGCCCAUGGAGGACACGAUAGGGGAGGAGGCUGUUCUUCUGCAGCCCAUGGAGAGGACUGCAGAGAAGGCAGUCCCCCAGCAGCCCAUGAUGGGCACUGUAGGGGAGCAGGCUAUCCCCCAGCAGCUCAUGGAAGGCACCAUGGGAGAGCAAGCUGUUCCUCCACAGCCCGUGGAGAGGACUGUGUGGGAGCAGGCUGUUUCUCUGCAGCCCAUGGAGGGGACUGUGGGGGAGAUGGCUUUUCCUCCACAGUCCAUGGAGAGCAUCAUGGGGGAGCAGGCUGUUCCUCUGCAGCUUGUGAAGGACCACAGCAGGGCAGAUCUCCACACUGCAGUCUGUGAAGGAGACCACAGUGGAGCAGGUAGCAUUGCUACUUCCUUUCAAUGCCAGUCAAUCCAUCAAGAUCACAUUUGCAACGAUGAUGGUGACAAGAGUGAAGACGGUCCCAGCCCCAAGCGCCAACGCCUUUCCCAUUCAGUCUUUGACUAUACAACGGCAUCACCAGCCUCGUCACCGCCAAUGCGACCAUGGGAUAUGACAUCAAGUAGGCAGCCUCCUUUGGCUCGGCCCAACCAACACCACUUCUCAGGGGAACGAUGCAACACACCUGCACGAAACAGAAGGAGUCCUCCCGUUCGACGUCAGAGAACUAGGAGAGAUCGUCUGUCUCGACAUAAUUCCAUUAGCCUAGAUGAAAACUAUCACCAUCUCUCCUAUGGACAGCAGCAAGCAAUAGAAGAGCCCCGAGCUUUUCGCCCACCGAAUGUAUCUCCUCGUAUGUUACGCCCAGCUGUUCACCCACCACAGCAGAAUGCAGUGAUGGUUGACAUUCAUGAUCAGAUCCAUCAGGGCACAGUUCCUGUCUCAUACACAGUGACAACAGUGGCUCCACAUGGGAUACCGCUUUGCACAGGCCAGCACAUCCCAGCCUGCAGCACACAGCAGGUCCCAGGGUGUUCAGUGGUUUUCAGUGGGCAACACCUUCCAGUUUGCAGUGUGCCUCCUCCAAUGCUUCAAGCGUGCUCAGUUCAGCACCUACCAGUACCGUAUGCAGCAUUUCCACCCCUUAUUUCUAGUGACCCGUUCCUUUUGCACCCUCCUCAUCUUUCUCCACACCACCCUCCUCACUUGCCUCCUCCAGGACAGUUUGUUCCUUUCCAAGCGCAGCAGUCACGUUCGCCAUUUCAAAGGAUAGAAAAUGAAGUAGAACUACUUGGAGAACAUCUUCCUGUAGGAGGUUUUACGUAUCCUCCCUCAGCUCAUCCACCAACGCUGCCUCCCUCAGCUCCUCUCCAGUUCUUAACUCAUGAUCCUUUACACCAGGAAGUGUCAUUUGGUGUUCCUUACCCACCAUUCAUGCCUCGAAGACUCACAGGGCGCAGCAGAUACCGAUCACAGCAGCCAAUACCUCCACACCCUUACCAUCCUAGCCUACUACCUUAUGUGCUAUCAAUGUUCCCAGUUCCACCUGCAGUUGGACGAGCUUUUGGCAUUGAGUUGGAUGUGGAAGAUGGAGAGGUAGAAAACUAUGAGGCAUUGCUGAAUUUGGCGGAACGUCUGGGAGAAGCCAAACCACGAGGACUGACAAAGGCGGACAUUGAACAGCUCCCAUCCUAUAGGUUCAAUCCCAACAACCACCAGUCAGAGCAGACACUGCAAAUCGUACCUGCCCAAUUUGCAGAGCUGAUGCUUCAGAAGUGCAUCGUGAUUAGAGUGACCAAACUAAGAGCACAAAUCUGGUUUGGGUGUUCCUGGUCAUGUGUAUAUAUGAACUAUCUAUUGAACUUACCCAUGUGGCUUCCAGCCUUUUCCUUUACACAAAAGGGUCAAUGGACCUUACUUGCACUGUGUGACUUAAUCAAUUAUAAAGCUUAUAACUAGUCUUCACAUCUACGGGAUUGUUAUACUAACUAACAGUGUGAUUGGAACUCCAAAGAUUUUUUUCUUUAGCUUAAUUUUGUGUGUGCACUAACAUUCCCUGGUUUUGGUGUGAUCAUUCUGAGUGUUGCUGCGAGAUUACUGUGGACGUGAUCUUUUAGCAUGUGCUUUUAUAUAAAAGAAAAAGGAAAAAAAAAAAGUGGUAGCUCCAAACAGUAUAGCAAUCUACCUUAUAUAGAGCCUUCAGAUACUGUGAGUGGGAGUGAGUGGUGUGAAUGUGUUUGCUUGUGAGAGGAUGCAUGAAGUGUGCUUGGGAAUGAGUGUGCAUGUGUGUUUGAGAACCCAUAUACCAGCAUGUGCUGAGAACGUAUGUGUGUAGUAUUAAUUAUGCUGCAAUGUAUAAUCUUGUGUGUUAUUUAAACAGUACUAGUACUGUACACUGGUUCCUUUCCUUGUGUUUGCAGUUGCACACUAAAUACAAUGGGUGCAGCAAUUACAGACAUUUAGUAUUUCCUCCCCGAUGUAUUUACAGGUAUAAGGACCUGUCUACCUACUAUUCAAACAAGCUGUCAUGCUUCCCUUUACUUGCAGGCUUUAAGUGCGUACCACUAAAGGGGUCAUUGAUUGUUCCUAGAUGAGUAAUGUUGGGUUUUAGCAUACGUUACAAAGUUCAGAUUUUUACUUUGCUGAUUUACAAGUUAUUUUAUCAAUGUAAAGUUGCAAUAUCACCCAAAUCGUUUAGCAAUAUUAACAUUUUCAAUUGGUAAUUUGAAUAUCAGUGUGUUCCUGUUCUCCUUUUCAUUUUUUCUAGUUGGGCUAUAAUUGCAUUCAGUUGAUUUGAGAUUAGAGCUGAGUUCUGAAGAUGCUGCAGUUAUGCACUUCCUUCAUGAAAGGAAGCAAAAAGGAUGCUGAGGGUCUUGUGCAACAGCCCGUCAUUUUUUGCCAUUGUGCUUGCUAAAUAGAUAAUCCUCUAGCUUCUGAGCAUUGGCUUUAAUCAUACACAUUCUUUGUCAUUUACAAGGGAGUUUGUAUACGAUUAAAAUAACUUGUAAGAGGUUACAGUUUUAUUCCUGCAACUUCAUGAAUAAAAUAAAAUUUUUAGCAUUUUCUCAGAGAAGUAGAACUUCUGGUUUUUUUGUUGUAUCACAAAAGAGGGUGGUUUCUGGUCACUCAUUGCAGAAUUCAGUUGCCCUGAUGCUGCUUCUUGUCCCUCAUUAUUUUCAUGAUGAGUGUAAUACGAAGAAGGAACUCCCUUUGUUUUUGCAAUUGAGUUUCCAGAAUACUCCUGCAGUACAAAACGGGAACACCUUCUGAACAAAAUGCUGUUAAACAGGAGGUAGCUUCUGUCCAGCUGCUUUCUGAAUAGUGUUUUCUUUGUGCUUUUAAAAAAAGUUGCUCCAUUUACAACAUUUCAGACUGUUACCAUCUUCAGCCUAUUCCACCAAAAUACUAACGUCCACCUAUUCCUUAGUUAUUCAAAGAAUGCACUUCUCGCAUCAAAUUGCUUCUCCUGAAUUGUGUCAUUACUUCAGUUGCAGCAGCACAAGUGGCACAGUUAGCAAUAUUGCUGCAACUUGCUGCCAGUCUCAGCUUUAAGUUCAUUCUCUAUCAUUUCUGAUGCUUUUGUACGCUGCUAUACUUUAGUAUCGAUUAUAAUUUCAGUGUUACAUGUUCUCCAUGCUGUUUGCCCUCUUUCAAUAUUCUACAGACCAAUCACAGCUCAUGGUGUAGAUGAAGUAAAAGCACAAUUUUGCCCAAUGUCAGAUGCUCUUGCCUCCAUUUGUGUAGUUACAGAGGUAGUUCUCAAAAACACUGAGUAUUUCCAUUCCUAUUCAUACGUGAGAACAGUAAACAAAUAAAAACGUGCUGUUACAUCAGCUUCAAAAUACUAGAAUUCCUCCUCUCUUCCAGAGGAGUUACAGAGUAAUCUUUCACAGUAACACCUAGCAGGUUAAAGACAUAUAGUAAAAUUUAUUUUUUUAACAAAUGAAAUCAUCUUGUUUAAAAAAGCAUAUACCGCAUGUCUUACACAACUUAGGCUCUUUUAUAUAGCUGCAAAAGAAAAAUUUCUAUGUGUGCAGGUUUAACCAUAACUAACACUACUAUGUUCAGUAUUCAGCUUGGAGCAUGGGAAGAGGGCACUUCUCUAAGCAUCCACGUUCUGCUGAAGCCAAGGGAAAGUCACCCUUUUUCUGGAAUCGAGAAAUCUUGGUGUGUAAAGUCUCUUUCCCCAGUGGAACUCUGUGAGGCAUUGGGAGACCGAGGAGUUGGAGGGUCUAACUUGGUAAAAUCCUGAAAUGAUUUGUUGCACUCUUACGGCUUGUCUCUUCUGAAAUGGUUCAUUUGUUUGCAUGGGUCUAUUGCAGAUGUGUGUGGACUUGCUUCCUGUGGUUAGUGUGUAUAAACAGCACACGUGCACAUGUUGUGGAUCAGCUCAGAUGAGCCACAGCCAAUCUGAGCUGUGGCUAUUGAUGGGGAUUCAUGCUGAGCUGUUCACUGCCAUGUGUUCUGUACAUUUGUGUGUAACUUCUCAGCCUGCCGUGGUGCCAGGCAGCACCAGCAUCCAGCAAGACGUUUUUUUAUGUUCUUCCCUUCCUGACUUCACCUGUCCCUUCCCCUCCAAAACAGUCCAUAAGACAUUUGCUUUAUCAUAUUGGCACUGCUGUGGCUUUGGCAUAAACUGCCAAUUAAAUUUGAAGUUUAAGGGGAUAUCAAGGCCUACAGAUAAUUCCAAUGUCUCGUUUUGUGACUUUCUUUACAAAAAAGAAUUUAAGCCUUUUGUUGUAUACUGUUUUAUACGGGCUCUUGAAUGUGAUUUCACAGCUGUUAACACAUCAUAUACUACUUGGGAUGGGAUUUACCAACCUUUUUUUAUUUUACUUACAGAAAACACAUUUUUAAGUGAGUUAUCUUUGGGCCUUUAUAAAAGCUGUGUUUUUUUUUUCCUUUGGUACAUUGUUACCUCAUUUUGCUACUUGUGUUUCAGAUCUGUUAAUGAUUCUGAAAGCUUGUGACUUUUGUUGGAAUCAUAUUUUGUCAAGUGUUUUCUUUAAAUCAUACUCUAUUGAAUCAUUUAAUAUGUAGUUUUAAAUGUAUUAUAAAUAUCUGUAACCAAAUCAUUUGAAGGCUUGAUAAAUUUUUAACAAAAUUUGUACAUUUUUUAUGAGAGUUACUAGUAAUGCUUUACUACGUAGUGCAAUGAAGUUUUAUUUUUAAUCCCUGUGCCCAAUUUUGGAGUUGAGAGAGUUGUUCAGUAAUAAAUGUAUGAUGUACACUUA